AUGGCCGAGAGUAUUAUUGUGGAGGUUUCUAUCGAGAAGACUUUCCCAAAGUAUCCAGCUGACAUUCUCGGGAGGCCCGGGAGCGUGCAGCAGCAGUACAGGCCGAGGUCGCCGGCGGGUGCGCCAACCCAGGGGAAUGCCACUGGCUGCUGUCCUCCUUGUGGGAGUGCUGCCGCUGCUGAGCAUACGGGACCAGUGAACCAAGAGACUUUCGGAUCACUGGAUAAUGUGAAACCUUCCAAUGUUCCUGCUCAGAGUGAUGUUUUGAGCUCAGUCUCUGCUGAAGGAACCUGGGCAGCAGAUUCCCCAACCCCAACACUACAGACAAAAGGAUAUUCAUCCCCUCCAUUUACUCUUCAGUUCGGAACUUUUAGCCCUGGAGUUAUUAACAAGCAGGAAACUACUUCCUGCACAUCCUCAUCCCCUCCUGAUCUGAACGGGAAGAAACAUGAAAAGGCCUGCCAUGGAUUACAUUACAAGCCUAAUACAGUUUCCUCAUCUCCUAUACAAGAGCUGCAAAAGCAGGAAGCAAGCGAUGAUUUGGUUAUUGGUGGAGAAGCUGGCUUAAUUGGCAAAUAUGAGAAUGUUCAUGUUCCUGAAUUGCAUGAAACGCAGACAAUGCUGAAUUCUGUUCCUCCAACUAGCAAAGUGUGCACAGAUUCAUGCAAGGUGUUGCUCAGAACUAUGUCUUCCCCAACUCAACAGCAGUGUCAAAAUCAAGAAGAAACAAAAAACACUGUCAGUGCUAACCACACUGACACUGCAUACAAAUAUCCUGCCACCAAGCCCAAGAUAAGCGUGCAAAUUCCAGCUUCCUAUACUCCCAACAUGGCACCACCCCAAUUUAUGCUUCCAGUACCGGGGAGAUCAAUGCCUGUGGCUUUCCAGCAGAAACAACCUCAAGUGCCCAUUGAAUUCAGGGGCCCAGGUUUUCAAAUGCAGUCUAUUGGCUCCGUAUCCAGCUCCUUGCCCGUGAAGAUGGCUGUCCCUCUGGGUAAUUCACCUCACAUACAACCGAUGUUUGUUCAUGGUGCUCAGCCUCGUGCAUUCCAUCAGCAAUCCUUCAUUCACCACGGACAAGGCUUUGGAUGUGCUCCUCCAGCUAAUUGUCACCUUCCUCAGUUUGGCAACAUGAGAAUUGCGCAAGAGUUAUCUCAGCAUCAUCCUAGAAGCGGUGAUGAACAGAAGAGAACUAUCAAGAUAACACAUCCAGAGACACACGAAGAACUGAUGCUGGAUAGACGUGGGCAUUCCUUUAUAGGUGUUCCUGCUUCUGGGCAGAUGCCUUUAAACAAUAUAAACCAGCUACCUCACUCUGUUCAAACAUUUUCUCCACUUCAGAAAGUGUAUUAUCCUAGACCAGGCACGUACAAUUCAGCACCUAUCUAUCUUCCCAACUCCACUGCUGUCCCUCCUGCAAGUAGGCAAAUUUCCUCCAAAAUUCAACCCCCGAUGCAUGGUUUUGAUUCCACUAACAGCAACCAGCCAAUUACUUCCAUCAGACCUUCUAUGCCGACAUCUUGGCUUGAUGCUGCUUCCAGGCCAUUGACAAAUUUGCAUACUGCUUCCGAAAUCUCAAAUUUCAAAGGGAUGCUUCCAUCAAACUUACCUGCUCCAGUUCAUGUUGAGCUAAAGCCGCCUAUUACACUCCCUGCUGAAAAGAAUAGUGAAUCUACCAUAUCAAAUCAGCAAAAUUAUCGCAAAAUUGGGCUGGAAAUGUCUCCUGAACCUGUAAAUUUAGUUUAUGAAGGAAAUAACAAAGAUUAUGUUGCAACUUGUGAUAUAAGUUGUAAUUUAAUAUCUCAAGCAGUUUCAACCCAGCAGACACAGACUCAACCAGCUUCAGUUGAUCAUGACACACCAGUUGUAGGCCCUCAAACUAUCUUAACCAGUAACCUGCCUUCGGAAUCUACUGCAUCUACUAAAUCUUCAGUAAAAGCAAAACCUAUUGAGGUGGAAGAAUCGUUAGUGGUUCCAACAACUUUGUCGUCCCAUGCAAAACUCGAGUCAUCGCAUACUGAGGCUUCUGGCAGAACUGCUAGUGUCAUUUUGACUGCAACUUCAUUAGUUUCCAAUAUUGAUGGGACGUCACCGACUAACAGGAACUAUAAAUAUCAUGGCAAUAGCAUUUUGGGGAAGCCUCCAUUAAUUUAUGCACAAGAAAUGGUGCCACCAAAGUUUGCGGGGUCUAAUACAUCCACAGAAGGUCUUGGAAAGGCAAAGGUGAAUCCAGUUCCCUUCCAAGAAAAGUUUUCUUCUGAACUUAAUGGUUUAGUUCCAUUGCAAAACCAUGACUUCAUGAUAGAAGAACGUGUUCCAAACGAAAAAGGGAUGUGCUCAGAGUCAAAGAAAGAACAAGUAGAUGCGACCACGCCAGGUACUGCCUUUGGAUUGGAGGAUGACACUAGUGUUGCUAAAUCUGGAAGAUUUCAUGCAUGUCACCAGUCAGUUGAUUGGCAUCCUUCCAUAUACGUUGGUGAUAUCCAAACGUCAAAUGACAAUCAGCAACAUUCAUCGGAUGCAGAAAUCAUAACAUCUCAAUCAGAGAACAAGAAGAAUAACAGUAGAGUAGACUCUGCAAGGGAUGUCAAGAAUGCAGCCCCUAUUUCUACUUCAGCUAUCUCCCAGAGGAAAACGGAACAAGAGAGGAUUGAUUCAGAAAUAUCUAAUCCUUGCUCCACGACUGCUGCUUCAGUUGUGCAAACAAAAAAAGUUGUUUUGGAGUCAACAAAGGCCAAAAGUAUCAAUGGACGAAGAAAAAAACGAAAGGAGACACUUCCUAAGGGUAGAGGACAGAAGUAUUAUGAUCUUGAUAGUGCACCCAGUUCUCUCAAUGAGAAUGUCGAGAGUUUUGUUACUUCAGAGGAUGUUCAGUGUUCCUUGACAACUGACUUAAAGCUGAAUUGUACAUGGGAUGCUGAAAAGGACAAUUCAACUGGUGGGAAUGAUUGCCAGAACAGAAGUGACUCGUUCAACUGGGAAGAUACAGCAGAAAACUCUGCUGACAAGUUGAAAGUGUUUGGGGGUACCCAUUCUAAAAGUGGAGCAGAAGUAAACAAAGAUAAAUCUGAGUUUGACCGUCAAAAGUAUUCCCGGGAUUUUCUUUUAACAUUUGCACAAAGCUGCAUUGAAUUUCCUGCAGGUUUCAUGAUUGGAUUUGAUAUUUCCGAAGCAGUAAUGAGUGUACAUGUUGGUACUCCAUUUAUAGACAAUACUCAACUUAAUCCAAACCAUGCAAGGAUAAAAGAUCGAGGUUCCCGAGCUAACCGUCAUAUGGCUGGUAAAUUUUAUGAUGAUAAGUGGAGAAACCAGUUUUGUUCUCCUGUUUCUGGACGUAACCUGCCUUCUGACAAUGUUCAUCAACCUGCCUUUUCUAAUUGGGAUGCAGUACAGCAUGUUGGGAACGGAUCUGUAAGAAGUCUAUCGCAAAGCCAGCCAUUCAGUCAAUAUAGUGGUGAGAUGCUCUCCAGAGCUAUGAAAGAAGUAGUAUCUCAGCGCAGCAUGUCACGUGGCUCUGUUGAUGAGAGGUGGCAACAUAGAACUAAUGCUCAGGGUAUUUCAUUUUCAUCACCUUCUCAAGUAUCUAUGCCAGUUAUGCACAAAGCUGAGAAAAAAUAUGAAAUAGGUAAGGUGUCUGAUGAGGAAGGGUCAAAACAAAGGCAGCUGAAAGCUAUUCUGAAUAAGUUAACCCCCCAAAAUUUCGAAAAACUUUUUGCGCAGGUCAAGGAGUUGAAUGUUGAUAAUGUGGUCACACUUACUGGUGUCAUAUCUCAGAUAUUUGACAAAGCUUUGAUGGAACCCACCUUUUGUGAGAUGUAUGCUAGUUUCUGUUUCCGGUUAGCUGGUGACCUACCGAACUUUGUCAAAGAUGAUGAGAAAAUCACCUUCAAACGACUGCUUUUAAAUAAAUGCCAAGAAGAAUUUGAAAGAGGUGAAAGAGAGCAGGCUGAAGCAGAUAAAGCAGAAGAAGAGGGUGGAGCGAAACAAUCUGAAGGCGAGAGAGAGGAGAAACGGAUUCGAGCACGGAGACGCAUGCUAGGAAAUAUUCGAUUAAUUGGGGAAUUGUACAAAAAGAAAAUGCUGACAGAGAGAAUAAUGCAUGAAUGCAUAAAUAAACUGCUAGGUGAGUAUCAAAACCCAGAUGAGGAAGAUCUAGAGGCUCUGUGCAAAUUGAUGAGCACAAUCGGGGAGAUGAUAGAUCAUCCCAGGGCAAAGGUACAUAUGGAUUUUUAUUUUGACCUUAUACUGAAGCUGUCAGAAAAUGUGAAGUUAUCAUCCCGUAUAAGAUUUAUGCUGGAAGAUGUGAUUGACCUUAGAAAAAACAAGUGGAGGCAGAGAAGGAAAGUAGAAGGGCCAAAAAAGAUAGAGGAGGUCCGCAGGGACGCAGUAAAACAGAAGUUUGGCCAAUCAACUAGGUUUGGCUCUUCUCCUAAUUAUAACUCAUCUGUUACUUGCAUUAACUCUGGGUUAAGACCAGGGCCUCCAGAUAGCACACGUGGAUCUUCUGCCUUGGCUUCUCGUGGAUCUUCUAAAGUUCGUGCAUAUGGAUCCCAGAAUGUUAAUCUAGAUGCUAGAUAUCAACCUUCAAAUAGAGUUUUGCCUGUUCCACUCCAUCAAAGGCGUGCUGAUAAAUCCAUUCGCCUUGGUCCUCAAGGUGACUUAGGAAGAGGAAUGUCGCUUUGUGGGAAGCAACCAGUUUCAAAUGACAUUUUGCCAGAAGUUCCUUUAAAUGCUCAUCAUGGUCAGACAUCAGAAAACUCAAGAGACAGUUCAUUUACAGGAGUGACAAGUAAUGCAACAAGCUUCAGAGCCAGUAAUACAUCCUGGGGAAUGGCGGAUCUUUCUUCGCCAGUACCGUCAACUAUAGGUCAAACGCAUACAUCCUCCACAGUCAGAAAGGAGAUGUGUGCUGAAACGCAGACAUUCCCUGAAGAGGUUCUUCAAGAGAAAUCGAUACUAACCAUAAAAGAAUUUUACAGUGCUAAGGAUGAGAAGGAGGUCGCUCUGUGCAUGAAAGAACUGAAUGCUCCCAGCUUCUAUCCUUCCCUUGUGUCACUUUGGAUCACUGACUCGUUUGAAAGAAAAGACCUGGAAAGAGAACUCUUGGCCAAGCUUUUGGUGCACUUGUGCGCAGCUCAAGAGCAUUUGCUGAGCCAGAGGCAGCUACUCCAGGGGUUUCAACAUGUUAUAUCUACCUUGGAGGAUGCCGUGACCGAUGCGCCGAAAGCGACCAAGUUCCUGGGCCAAAUAUUUGCCAGAGUCAUACUGGAAGACGGGAUCUCGCUGACGGAGGUAGGAGGACUGCUGCAGGAGAGGGAUGGCAGGGAAGAGCCAGCAGGACAUCAUGCCCUGGACGACAGCCUCGCAUCCGAGGUUCUGGGGAGCAUGCUGGAGUCCAUCAGAGUGGAGAGGGGCGACAACGCCGUGGACGAAAUCCGCGCAAAAUCCAACCUGCAGCGGCCCGGGGUGUGCGUCUGA